AUGUCUCCAAGCCAGAGCAUAUCACACCAGGAUAAUUAUUUCCCUCCUUUCUCCUCGCUUCCCCUUCAAAAGGAUGGACCUCGAGGUAAUGCUUGGGGCCGUUUUGGCCCUACCGAUAGCCUUGGAAUGUUGAAUUUACUUACGCCCAAUGUCGUUGCCCAAGCUGCAACCCAGAUUAAAACCGGCGAACGAGUCUCGCUAGACUGGCCCCUCAAUAAGCCUUUGUAUCCAAGCUACAAACGCGUGGCUUUUCGUCAUGAUAUCAUUAAUAGAGGCAAAGGAGGAGAGGAAUUGCGGGUCGUGAACGACGACAUACUGACUUUCAAUACUCAAUGUAGUAGUCAAUGGGAUGGGUUCAGGCAUUUUGGAUAUCAAAGAGAGAAACGAUAUUUCAACAAUCGAACACACGAAGAGAUAGGAAACUCUGCGGUUCUCGGGAUUGAUGCCUGGGUUGACAGUGGUGGUAUUGUGGGACGAGGCGUGCUUCUUGACUAUACCUCCUGGGCCGCCCGUAAUUCGAUUGCACUAGAUGUUUUUACUCGUACUUGCAUCCCAGUGUCCCACUUGCAGCGAAUGGUGGAAGAGCAGCAAAUAUCUUUUGAACCUGGAGACAUUCUAUUCCUGCGGACAGGUUUCACUGCUGCAUUUAACAAGUUGAGUGAGUCUCAACAGGAAGCCAUUUCACUGCGCCCAACGGCAGAUUUUGCUGGUAUCGAAGCAUCAGAAGAGACGCUCAAGUUUCUAUGGAACAAUCAAUUCUCGGCAGUUGCUGGCGAUUGUCCAAGUUUUGAAGCCAGUCCAGUACAUGGGCCAGGUGUUGAUGAUACAUGGUCCCUUCACGAAUGGCUUUUGGGUGGAUGGGGAAUGCCCAUUGGGGAGAUGUUCGACUUGGAGGCGCUGAGCGACAAAUGUCGUGAGACUGGUCGUUGGAGUUUCUUCUUGUGCAGUGUGCCUUUGAAGGUACCUGGAGGUGUUGCUAGUCCGCCCAAUGCGGUUGCUAUAUUUUAG